AUGGGGAUAAAGGGUUUAACGAAGCUACUGGCGGACAAUGCGCCCAAGGCUAUGAAGGCGCAGAAAUUCGAAAGCUAUUUCGGCCGGAAAAUUGCAAUUGACGCCAGCAUGAGCGUUUACCGGUUCCUUAUUGUUCUUGGAAGGCGUGGUACUCAAAUGCUCACCAAUGAAGCUGGUGAAGUGACGAGUCAUCUACAAGGGAUGUUCGGAAGGACCGUCCAACUUCUGGAAGCUGGAAUAAAGCCAGUCUAUGUCUUUGAUGGGAUGCCUCCUGAUUUGAAGAAAAAUGAGCUUGCAAAAAGAGUAUCUAACAGCCUAAUCCUUCCCUUGCCUUUGCAGACUGGAAACAUUGAGGACAUCGAAAAAUUUAGUAAAAGAACAGUAAAGGCUACGGAGAAACAUUAUGAAGACUGCAAACGGCUUCUUAGACUUAUGGGAGUGCCAGUGAUUGAGGCACCGUGUGAAGCGGAAGCACAGUGUUCAGCACUUUGCAAAGCGGGCAAAGUAUAUGCUGUGGCUUCUGAGGACAUGGAUACCUUAGCUUUUGGUGCUCCGAGGUUUGUCCGCCAUUUUAUGGAUUCUAGCUGGAAAAGGAUCCAUGUGAUGGAAUUUGAACUCAUAAAGGUUUUGGAGGAGCUGAACCUCACAAUGGAUCAGUUUAUUGAUCUUUGCAUUCUCUCCGGUUGUGAUUACUGUGAAAGCAUAAGAGGUAUUGGAGGAAUCACUGCUUUAAAACAAAUUCGCCAAUAUGGCUCAAUCGAGGGCAUUAUGGAAAAUCUUAAUCACAAAAGAUAUCAAAUACCGGAUGAAUGGACUUACAUGGAGUCUCGAAGUCUCUUUAAGGAGCCAUUAGUCUUGACUGAAGAUCAUCAACUUGAGCUAAAAUGGACAGAUCCAGAUGAAGAUGGGCUGAUAAGCUUCUUGGUCAACGAAAAUGCAUUCAACAAGGACAGAAUAACCCAGUCCAUAGAAAGGGUUAUGACUGCCAAAAGCAAGUUGUCCUACAGCCGGUCAGAGUCAUUCUUCAAACCAGCUGUCGGUCAAUCGGUUCCUGCUGAAAGAGUGGAAACAAGAUGUGCAUUUGUAGCCCCAAAACCAGUAAUGAAGGUCGGCACUUGUUAUCCUGUAGAGGCAUCCGUUCAUUCAAGACCCAAAGCCAUGGGCAGCAAGAGCCCCUCGUCUUUAGAUAUGCGGUCUAGCCAACCCAUGUUUUGCUGA